AUGACACUUACCUCAACUUCACGUAUGGAGUCCACCGCAAAUGCCUUACGCACUGAGCUGAACUCGCCCGCUCCAACGGCACAGACAUUGCGCUUCCUGCGCUCCAUCCUCUAUCAAGCCGAUACCGAACUUCAAGAGGUCAAUAGCUGUCUGAAGAAAGCUCAAAAUGUCACAAAGAAGCCGACGAGGCCUCAACAGCUUGGGAACGCUAGUUCAAAGCCUUCGCGCAAGGCCGAGUCCAGCUUACCCAUGCACGCAGCACCGAGCAAUAAGACCUCACAGCUAUCUCAGACCGAGCGACGGAACCUCGCUACUGAAGCUUUCAACACUACUCUGAGGCAAUUAGGACAGGCUGCAAAAGCAGUAGCGACGGCUCAAAAGUCACGCGUGGGAGAGAACUCGCCUUUGAAGCAAUCUCAGGAUGUCAAGCCGCUCCAAGAUCGUUCGCCAAAUAAAGGGACGAGCAUUAAAAGCGGAAUCACCAAGAAAAAUAUAUCUCCCACUGCAGCAGGCGGAUUGAAAGUGACGGUUGAGUGCGCCCAGCUGGCGUUACGGUUUCUCCGUGAAGACCCCAAGGCAGCAGAGGAAGGAUCUGGAAACGCUUCAUUAGAUACUGAGAAUGCCGCUUUGAUUCUGCUAGACAAAACCAUCACUCUUGGUCUCCUGCAGGAGGCGCAACAUCAACUGAGCAGUAUACACAAACGAUACUGGGGGAACUUCCAAAGACCCCUACCGCCAGAAACGUCUCUUCCACGAUUCUUGCUGGGACGUCCAGAUGCGGCAGAUCAACCCUCCAAGCUUCGAUUCACGACCUCUAUGCAAAGCCAAGGACUACGUCUUGCGAUCCUGGUCGGUGCAGAGUCUCUCCGCAGUGAUGAACUGGUUCAGUCAGUACAUUUGAAAACAGUCGGGAGUCCGCCUUGGAUUGCACUGCAGGGGUCCAAGAACGGCCUUCACGACGCCGAAGCCACUGGGAUGCAGUUGCGGACUAUCUCACUUGCAUUGUCGAAGCUGUACUCAACUACACUAAAGUCACCUUCAAGCACAUGGUCCUCGAGAGGACUGUUCGAGCUAUUCUGCACCGCCCUCGAUAUCAAAUUCAGGUCAUGGAAAUACCUACGCCACGCUAUAGAUCCGACCAGAGAUGUGUGGCGCCCAUUUCAGAGCGCUGCAAAGAGAGCUUUAUCCAAUGCAAAAGACGCUGAAGAUUCUAUGACCACGAUACUGCAUUAUCUACGUUUGUUUCGAGACUAUCUUAGGGAUGCAAAGUGUGAUGGCAACAUUCCUUCCACGGUCAUCGAUACGCUGGCACAGAUUCCCUAUGAAGUGCGAGCUCCGUCAGAGCUCUUGUCAUUAUUAGAGGAGCAAAUCCGGACCGCGAGUAACGUGGACGUUCUUCCCUGGCACUGUCAAAUUGCCCACUGGCGGCUGAAGGUGUAUCCGAAAUCAGCAACUUCCGCAAUUGAAGCGGUUCGCAUAGUCAAAGAUGCUUUCGAGAAAUACUCCAGCGUGUCAGAAUCCAGCCUUGAACGGGUUUUACUAUGCGCGGCACACCUUCGCAAAACAGUUAUCGAGGCGGUCAGUAGUAUCGCUACCUCCUGCACAAAAGACAAAACGCUGGCCUCCUUGCAUGAAUGUGCACUUCUACUGGUAUAUUGUUCGUGCACAGUGCUAUGCGAAAAGGUAGCUUCGAGAGUGCGUUGCGAUGAGGGGAACAUGAACGAAUCCACUUUGCAAGCAUUAUUCUCAACUCUAGUCAAGAACAUUGAGGCUGUUCUAGAUGUUGAUAAAUAUAUCACGGCACAAACAUCAGAUACGGCAAAAGAGACUUUGAGAACAUGUUCGACAACAUUGGGAUGGCUUCAGAUCAAAAUUUCAAGCGCGGCUGCUUCUGUGUCCUUGUGCCAAAUGGUCGAUCACUUGCAUGUCCGGCUUUCGAAUGCUUGGUGGUCUCGUUAUCUUGAUGCUGUGAAAAGGAAGAACGUUCAAGAACAAAUACAGUCCUUGAGGCUGUCAGUAGAUGGCCUUUCUACGUUGUCGAUCGGCCAACGGAAGGCUGCUUUCCUUGGACUCAAAUAUGAAAGACUUGGAUCAUGCCAUAUUGAUCUGAACGAGCCUAUUAUGGCCAGAGCAGCGAUCACGAGCGCCCUGGAGUUCAAUCUCAGCGAAGGAGCUCUCGGAGAGAUUGUUGAUCUAGCUUUAAGAGGACCUUUUGAUCGAGCAUGGUCGGAAUCUCAGACCAACUUCAAAGUUCUGACAAAAAUUCUUACUACGUAUACUCGCUUGACUCUACAGCUAUCCUCUACAGUCGAAAGCUCGGACCUUUUUUGGGAUUGCCAGUCAUUACCUCCGGUUCAUCGUGCUAUAUUGUUGGAAAAGCAGAUGUAUACUUUGGCCGAAGCAGAUCUGACCGAACGUCAACUCAAAUUUUGUGCUGCUCGAGUACAGCUGAUUCUAAAUCUUCUCAAGCAGGAUCAAUAUCGCGUAUGCAGAUUGAGACUUGUCAGCAAUCUGCUGUAUUGGGCAUUGAAAAAGAGGCUGUCCCCAUCACAGUGUUUUAUUGACCCAACAACUAUCAAACAGUACCUGCAAAUUGAACCAUCCCAGAAGGAAGACAUUUUUCUACAUACAUACGAAGUAGGGUUUCGUUGUGUCGUCUCACUUCAGCAAGGACUUUUCCUAGGGGAGCUCACUAGCAAAGAGCUCGAAUUAUCGCUCAGGAAAAUAUCACAAUUAGUCUUGCAAUGCAGCAAGCUCAACGAUUUCACCAAGAUUUUUGACAACCUGGAAACGGUAGUCUCAGCUGUUCGUUCUUCUGUCGAUUAUGCGAGUUACUUGGAGUAUCAUAGAGCGAAGUCUUUAGCUUUAGAGAUUCUGAGCUAUGUGCGCGACUUUGGCAUCCAGAAGCUCGAGUUAUCGAAAUCGAAUAUUCUCCUGCAGCUUGCAGAACUCCAUGACAAGAAGUUGGAUUUGGCGUCUGCUGCUGAGUGCUUCGGUCAAGUUGAAACAGCGUUGGCAGAUGACAAAACCGACAAUCUGCAGGAGGCAGAAUUUGCAUUAGGAUAUGCAGAGCACCAUCUCGAGACAGACAAUACUGCCCAGUGCUUGCACUGGCUUGAAUGCGCUCAGGCGAAAUGGAAAGACUCUCGGAAAUGUACAGAAUCCAGCAGUGUACGUCUUCGCGAACAGACGAUUCUCUGUCGUGCUGCCAUUAUUGCUUCACGGGUCUCUUUUCGUCGAGGACAACUUUUGGAUGCAGUUAUCAGCGGCAGGCAAUCGGUCAAGAUUGCGGCAGCUCUUUGGAUGUCGCUAGAAAAGGUAUGGGAUGUCGACGAUAAUAUUGUGAGAGGUUCUUCCAACGACUCAGACCUGCACAAUUUGACUGUUGAUCUAUCGAAUCUCAACGUGUCAUCGAGACACGCUCCCCGAUUGACAAUUGAUGCAGCACGACUUUGGCGUCAAAUUGAGCUACAUGCCUCUGCUUUCAGAAACUUGGCCUCGCUUACUGCACAUUGCGGUCUUUAUCAGGAUGCUGUAUACUUUUACGAACAGGCAUUAAAAGUUGCAAAGAAAACAAAUUCAUGGUCUCAGAUUCAUUUGAUAUCUAGCGAAAUUGCCUUGGUGCAUGCUCGCGCCGAUGAUACCAACAAAGCAGAGAUGGCAAUCCGAGCAACCACGCCUGAAUUCUUGGAUCAAUUGAGCUUUGUUCCGCAGUCACUAGCUGCCGUCAAUCGGAGUGAGCUCCACUUGCGUCUGGGGAGUCUCACGAUCUGCCAUCGGUAUCUUGACGAUGUGAUCCGAUCACUAGCGUCGUGGGCAAAUGCAAUCAACCCACAGAUCAAGACCGCUCAAAAGCCCAAGGCGAAAGGCUCGAAAGCACCAUCACGGGCCGCUGUCAAGAAGCCAAGUGCACAGCUGAAGGUAAAGAACGCCCAUACGUUUGAAAUGUGCACUCAGGACAAGCUUCCAACACAUGCGCGACCUCAAGCUUUAGAGGAGAUAGCCCAACAUGCUGCUGGUCUCCAGAUGAGGCUGAAUUUGGUGGAAAACAAUGCAGACCUAAAGGCAUUAGAUAAUGCGGUGACAACGUCCGGCAGCAAUAAUCAGGCUUGGAACAAUGGAACAGUCAAAGCUCUGAGUUUGAUUCAAUUGGCUUUGAAAAGUUUUGCUCAGGAUACAAGGACUAAUGUCCUCGCAGAGACUGCGAUGGCCCUGCCCGUGAGAUAUAAGUCUGCUAGAAAGAGUGGAAGAGUUUCCUUUGUGCAGAGUGCUGCAGCUCCAGGCUUGAGGAAAAAGACAGUGCGUGCUACAAAAGGAUCCCGCAGUCAAAGUGUACAACAAUCAGUGCAAGACGGCAAGGAACUACUGUUGAGAGCUUACGAAAGUCUUGAGCGAAUGAAGGACGCUCCUGAGGCUGCAAUAUCCUCCGACGACAUCCAUGCAGCUCACAAGCUCAUGUCCCAGGUAAGCUUGCUCUCGACAUCGCUGGGGCAGUCUCUUGUCAAUUCGUCAAUGGACCUUAUCCUUGACGCGUUGGCCCCAAUGGAUAUUGCAAGGACCCGAGAGCGCUUAAUCAUGGAGAGUGAACAAGUCACCUCUGGGAGGGCACUUGUUCAGAGUUGGCCGCAGCCCACAAGCUUCGAGAACUCGUGUACGGCAACAUAUUCGCAAUAUGAUGCUGGCCUCGACACGGGAUUGCUUCCGAAGUCCUGGUCGGUUGUCUCUCUGUGCCUGAGUGAAGAUAAGAGUGAACUUCUUGUCUCACGCAUCAAUUCACACCGAUCACCAUUUGUCAUCAGGAUUCCUUUGUCAAGACCAGACAUGUCCGAAGCAGAAAACGAAGAGCUCGAUUUUGCUAGUGCCAAGGCAGAAAUGCAACGCAUAACAGUGGGAGCAAAUGCGUCAGCGCAUGAUUCUCGUGGAAGCUCACCCGACAAAACAAUAAGAAAAGCAUGGUAUGCCGAACGACAAGCUUUGGAUCGACAGCUUGCCCUUCUGCUCGAGAACAUUGAGAAUGUAUGGUUUGGCGGCUUCCGUGGACUGCUGUGCACGUCGGUCGUGGAUGAAAAGUUGUUGUCAGACUUCGGCCAAAGCCUUUCCCGUACACUCGACCGGCAUCUUCCAUCUAGACAGAAGUCGUCUAAAGUUGCAGUCGACAAAGUUGAGCUUCACAAUCAUGUGAUGGAAUUGUUUCUUACUCUUGGCAAUCCUGAGGAAGUCGAACUGGACGAUGCGAUAACCGAUUUGCUGUACUUUGUGGUGGAUAUCCUCCAGUUCAACGGCGAGAAGAAUGCAUACGAUGAAAUUGAUUUCGAUGCGAUGUUGGUGGAAGUCCUAGAUGCACUGCAGACUUAUCACAGUCAGAACUCGAAACAAGUGCCAAAGCCUGGUCAUACGAUAAUGAUUUUGGAUAAGGCACUGCAGCUGUUUCCAUGGGAGUCGAUGUUGUGUCUGAAGGGGCGAGCAGUGUCACGAAUGCCAUCUCUGGCCGCCGUUUGGGCGCGGCUUCGACAGAUGCGUGAGCAAAAACACAAUCGAGAUGGCAUUGUCAUCCCAAGCUCAGACGGUGCAUAUAUACUCAACCCUUCGUCGGACCUCGUGUCGACGCAAAAUUCGUUCGAGCAAAUCUUCAGAGACCAACUCACAACAUUCGAGGCAAUAGUCAAUCGACCACCAAAGGAACCCGAGUUCGAGAGUGUUUUGCACAACAAAUCCUUGAUGCUUUACUUUGGACACGGAGGGGCCGCCCAAUACAUUCGGGGCCGAACCAUCCGCAAGUUGGAUAAAUGUGCGGUCACAAUGCUCAUGGGUUGCAGCAGCGCAAAGAUGACAGAGUGUGGAGUGUACGAGCCACACGGCAUGCCAUGGAAUUACAUCAAUGGAGGCAGUCCGGCCGUGGUAGGAACGCUCUGGGAUGUGACGGAUCGUGAUAUCGAUCGAUAUGCCAUGGAGGUCAUUGCAGAAUGGGGACUGAUCGAAUGUGAUGGUACCACGGAUACAAAGCCUGUUACCAAGCAGAGGAAGAAGGUGUCCGACAAGGGCGGCCACAGCACAGCAAAGAGGCGCCAGAUCACACAGCAGCGUGGAACAGUAUCUUUGGAUGAGGCGGUCGCACGCGGACGGGAGGCAUGCUUGUUGAAGUACCUGAAUGGAGCUGCGCCCGUAAUGUAUGGUGUUCCAGUCUUUUUAGCAUGAGUUGACGAGGACAAAUGAAUAUUCUGC